CCAGCCAUCAAGAAACUUUGAAACUUAAAAGAAAAAAUACAAGAUGGAUUCGGAAAAGAAAGCAUUGCCAAGCAUUUACAAUAUUUCACCCGAGCCAAUUGUUAUUCAGGAGACCAAGAAACCAGAUGGCAAAUCCAACAAGAAGUACAUAAUAGGCGCAGUUGUGGCUGUGAUGAUUCUACUCAUUACAGUGGGAGCAGUUCUAGGAGCUCUGAAACUCAGCAAUCAAUUUGCCAGGGACACUAUCAAGGAGUACAGGCUUGCAUCAAAUGCUGUUGUGAAGUUGGACAAAGAUAACGAAAUGACAGAAAUUGAUGAUCCAGAAGAAGGCUAUUCUGCGUACAAUGAUUUCACAAAGGGUCUGACUAUGAUGAAAGUUGUUGAUGGUGAUAGCUAUAAGUGCUACCUGAACCCCCUCAGUAGAGAUGCCCUUACCCCUGAAGCAAUGGACAGCUAUCUAGAACACCAUCCUGGUGGAGAGAAUUUUACAUCGCAUGACAGAGAUGGUGAUCUACCAAAAUACAUGCCAGCCAAAGAACCAAUCAGUGGUCGCAGGUUUCUAGGUCAAUAUUUACGAGAAGCUUGUGAGGAAUUCCCCAUAUAUUGGCUUAUUCCUGCUCCAGAACAAACAGAGGAGAGACAAAAUGAUGGUGAUGACGAUGCAUUUCGUAGCACUCGCGGUGUGGUUACAAGAGACAAGCGACAUAUAAUUAUUAUUAAUAUGUGCUGUUAUAUAUGCAACAUUUGCGUCUGGAAUCCACCACCACCACCACCACCACCGCCAAGCUGUCUACUUUGCCAUUUCCUCAGAUAA